AUGGUUUUCCCGCUCGAGGGGAUCAAAAGCUUGAGCACUAGCCUACCGCCGAGACUCCAACUAACGGGAAGCCGAGCUCCUCCUCCGACUCCAGCCUUAUCUUCCUCCUCUUCCUCUAGAUCGAACUACCCUACUCGGAGGACCGGACCGUCUUCCCCUCCCCUUGCUCCUCCAGCGAAUGAAUGCUCUAGUGAUGAGGAUUUGGCCUCCGAAUUUGCUAGUUUGGAGGAAGAACCGGAUCUAGCUGAAAAUUCAAAUUCUCGCUUAAACUUUUUAAAAUUUAGACUUCCCGCCUAUGGAGAGAAAAAGGUCGGGAUUCGGUCGGUUGUUGAGAAUCCACCUAUAGGGAGCUUGACCUCCUCUUCCGCCUCGGGGAAGCUACUUCUUCCUCCACUAGAUCGAUUUGGCUUGUAA